AAAUCGUCAGUCAACAACAGCACACGCCACAGUGCGAACACCUUCAAGGGGCUCACCGUCCAUUCUUAUCGUAUAUUAUAUAUACCCAUACAAUAAUAUUGUCGUAAAUUGCGCACGCUGUUAUCAUCGAGACGAACCGAAUCCAAUCGGCCAAUAUGAAAAUACACGUGUUGAUCGGUCUGGCGUGUUUGGCGGCCAUGGCCACGUGCUCGGAAGACACGUCGGCCGAACAGACGCAAAAGGUGCAACAGGACCAACAGCCGGAAGAGGACCAUCAAUCCAUCAAACGCGACGCAGUCGAAGAUUACGGCGCGGAAGAGUCAUACGCUCCGUCAGCCAUCGCCGGCGGUGAAGCAUACGCACACGCCGCCCCUGCCGAAGCAUACGCACCAGCCGCUCAUGGCGCUGAAGCAUAUGCCCCGGUCGCCCACGCCGCCGAAGCAUACGCACCGUCCGCCGCUGAAGGUUACGCACCAUCCGCCGCCGAAGCGUACGGCCCAUCUGCAUACGCCGCCGCUCCAGCCGCUUAUGCGUCUCCUGCCGCAUACGCCGCCCCCACAGCUUACGCCGCCGCCGCUGCCCCGGUCGGUAUCGCCACCGCGCCUGCCGCCUACGGAUACGGACACCCCUCAGUUUCCGGAUACGGACCGGCUUACGCCCCAUCAUACGGACCCGAACACGUGAUAUCGCAACAUGUUGAGAUCAACCGCGCCAUACCCGUGCCAGUGUACAGGACGAUCGCAGUGGGCGUACCGCAACCUGUUGCCGUGCGCGUGCCGUACCCGGUGCCGGUCAUCAAGACAGUAGCUUACCCGGUCGAAAAACCCGUGCCAUACCCGGUUGACAAGCCGUAUGCAGUGCACAUCGAGAAGAAAGUACCAGUGCCCGUCGACAGACCAUACCCCGUGCCAGUGUACAAGAUCAAGCACAUCUACCACGAGCCCAAGUGGGCUAAAUGGCUCAGGGACUGGUAACAACCGUAUACCCAUGCCACGCCAUACAAUAAUAUUAUAUAAGUCGUAACAUGCAUUACGUAUAGUUGAGUUGUGUUUAGGUUUUGUACUUACCUAACCUGACCUAUAACCCAACCGACUUAACUAUUAUUACCUGUAUACCUAACCUGUCUGCCUUUCCUGCUUGUACCCAGCUGCAUAUCGCCGACACGCACCGUAAUCUGGACGGUCAACGAUGCAACGGUACGGUUUAUUUUCAAUCGUUGUUUCUUUUUUUGUUUUAGAUAAUACGACGUGACUUACAAACAAUUUUUUUUAAGCAUACACGCGUUUAUAUAUAAAUGAUAAUAAAUUAUGUAAGCACAGCAGUGUUACGGUACUGAUGAUAAUUGGACUGAUCGUUCACGUUAACCCAGUGUGCAUUUACAUGAUUUUGUUUUUUAUUUUUAUUUUACUUUAUUUUUAUUUUGUACUAUAACUUUGUUAAUUAGUAUGUAUUUUAUCAACAUCAAUAAUCAAUUACAAGAACAAUGAAUAAAACACGAUUAUUUCCAUAAAAAAAA